AUGGCAGUUCUUUUCACCAUCGGUUUCGUCUUCUGGCGAUUCCUGGAGAUCAUCACUUUGAUCCCCACGAUGGGCAUGCUGGCCUAUUUUGUCAAUGGCUAUGUCAACGCCAAUCAGCUGACGCCAAACUACAUCUUGAUAUUAUUCAUAGUAUCGGUGUUAGCCCUGGCGUGGGCUAUAUUCACGCUCUUCUCCUACCACAGGAGCAGCUCCAAUGCGCUGUUUGUCGCCAUCAUUGAUCUCGGAUUUGUCGGCGCCUUCAUCGCAGCGGUCUACUACCUCCGAUUCAUCGCCGGCGCAAACUGCACCGACGUCCGCGGCACGACAUACGAUGUAGACUUCGGCAUAUUCGGGUCGUUCAACGGCAACGGCAUCACGGUCGACACCAACAAGACCUGUGCCAUGCUCAAGGCCUGCUUCGCCUUCGGCAUCAUGAACUGCAUUUUCUUCUUCUUCACCGCCGUGCUCGCCUGGUUCCACGGCGAGCGCGUGGGCAAGGACACGAGGUACUACCGCGAGACGCACUACUCGCGCCGCGGCCACCGCAGGCACAGCUCCGGCAGCAGGCACGGCAGCCGGAGGCGCAGCUCCCACUCGCACCGCCGAGUCUACGUCUAG